UGCGCUCAUUCGCGCCUUCUACGUUUUCGUGUAGUAGCGCUGCUAGGCUAGGGUUCUUGAGGUGAGGAGGGCAGGGGCAAUGCCGGCCUCCAACGGCGGCAUCGAGAUCGAUGGCGAUGGCGAUGCCUUCUCCGCCGCGGAUCAGCCCACGAAUUCCAAUGUCCAGGUGAUUGUCCGGGUGAGGCCGCCGAAUCAGCGGGAGCACGAGCAGGGCUACAAGAAGGCUGCUGCCGUCGAUGCCGCAGCUCAGACGCUCACUCUCAGUGUCACGCCAUUUGCCAGAUCCUUCAAGUUUGAUUAUGUUGCCGAUGAGGACGUUGGCCAGGAAGACAUGUUCCAAAGAGUGGGGAAGCCCAUCACGGAUGCUUGCUUGCAAGGAUACCAUUGCUGUCUCAUUGCUUACGGACAAACUGGUGCUGGAAAGACCUUCACAAUGGAAGGUCUCAGUGUCACGGAGGAUCAGGCCCAAGCGUAUGAAAUGCGUGGCCUGAUUCCUCGCAUUUUGGACUACAUGUUCCAGAGAAUGGGAGAGGAGAAAAAGGAGCGGCAGAAGGAUGUUGAAUAUGGCAUCAAGUGCUCGUAUCUUCAGAUAUAUAACGAGCAAGUGCAAGAUCUUCUAGAUCCCGACUCCGCUCAUUUAAAUAUCCGCGAGGAUACAAAGAAUGGAAUGUAUGUGGAUGGUCUCCAGGAAGUGGUCGUGCCAUCUGCAGAAGCUACUUAUGGAGUUUUUCGGCGUGGAUCUCAAAACCGGCACGUCGGGAUGACUGCUAUGAACAUUGAAAGCAGUAGGUCACAUAGCGUGUUUACUUUAGUGGUCGAGUCUCAGCGUGUUGUUGGUGGAGUGAUGAACAGAAAGACAUCGAGAUUUUAUCUUGUUGACUUAGCAGGAUCUGAGCGUCAGAAGUACAGCGAGACUAUUGGGAUUCGACUCAAAGAAGCUGGGAGUAUAAAUAAAUCGUUGUCCGCACUUGGAAACGUUAUAAAGGCGCUUGUGGACAUAUCAGAAGGCAAAGUAAGGCACGUUCCUUACCGAGACUCGAAGCUAACAUUCCUGCUGAAGGACGCUUUGGGUGGAAAUUCGAAGUGUACGCUAAUAGCGAAUGUGAGUCCAGCCGAUAAGAAUGGGGAGGAAACGCUUUCCACUCUUAAAUUUGCUCAAAGAGCGAAGUUGAUGAGAAACGCUGCCGUUGUUAACGAGGACAUGCUUGGUAAUCCAGCUAUUAUGGGCGAGGAAAUAAAGAGACUUAGACUCGAGAUUGCAACACUGCGAGCAAAUAUUGGAGCUCCAUCGCUGAUUUCGAUACCAACUGUGGCGGCAGAGGCACUCCCAGAAAGCGAGCGAAUCAGCCGCUUGGAACAUAUAUUAUCUGAAUCUACAAAGCAGUCUCUAGCCGCUGAAAGGAAAUCAGCUCUAGAGCUGCACGAACUCGCCACGAAGUACGAGGCUGCACAAGCGGUUUGUGAGCGACUGGAAACAGCUUUACAGUCGCAAAAAAUGAUAACGAGGUUGCGUGAAUGUGCUAUCAAAAGAGUUGAGGGUGGCCGUCCAGCUACUGAUGGUGACGAUGGAACUUCCGAAAUGAAAGAAGAGAUUGAACAGUUACGCAAACAAGUAGAGCAUCAUCCAGACGUUGUGAGGUUUAAGAUGGAACUCGAUCUCUGUAAAGCCAAACUCGAGGAAUACGAGCACAAGGACAAAGGCGAGGAGCAUGUUGCUCAACUUGAAAACUACAGCCAGACGCUAAAGCUUGAAUUGCAAGACACUUUAGAAGAAAAGGCUAAGCUUGAUGAAGCUAUGGCUGCCAUGAAAGCUGAGAAUGAGUCAGCAAGAGCUCAAGUACUAGUAGCCGAAGAGCAGUUUUUGAAGCUGCAAGAGGCAGCAGAAAAAUGUAAGAAGGAAGCUACGGAGGCGAUACAAAAGCAAGAGAAGACGGACGAAAGGCUACGUGAAGCAAUACAAGAACAGGACCGGGUUUGGCGAAUGUGCAACCUUGCAGAAGCACAAGCAACAGAACUCGCUCUUGAGCUUGCCAAAGAAAAGUCUGACGCAUCAAAGGCGCUACAGAAAGAAAAGGAGAUUUUAAAUUCCAUGGUGCAAGUCAUCAGUGGGGAGCGAGAUGAGGCAGCAAGAACAUCGAGUGAACUGGCAACGAAACUAGAUAUUGCCCUCGCUGCAAAUGCUCUUUUAGAGUCUCGCAUCAGAGAUUUGGAGGGAAGGCUGGUUGAAAAGAGAAGAGAGAGCAUAAGUUGAGAUCUGUACACAUGUGCUUUUUGUUGGUAUUGUGGGUAUCAAAAUUUUAACCAACCGGUGAGCUGCCGUCGUUUCUUUACUGUCUACGGAGCUCAUGAGAGACACUUGUGUG